AUAACACCUGAAAAGUUUAUUGAAAGUCUAAAAUUUCGUAAAUUUUUGAAUAAUGUAUCUCAAACAUGCGGCGUACAAUUCAUUAUUGAUGAGUCUCAUUGUGUUCUAGAAUUUGAAUAUUUUAGACCUGCGUGGACCAAAUUGGGACAAAUAAAAAAUGAAUUUUCACUUUCACCAAUUCUAUUAUUGACGGCAACUUGCUCUUAUGAAGGUGCAUCAAAACUUGCUAUAAUUUUAAAAAGACCUAAUUUGAAAGAAAUUCGAAGUUCUCAGAUAUAUCAACCUCAUACUAAUGAAAUACAACUAGUUCAAUAUAACUACUUGGAAAGAAUGAAAAAAAAAAUAUUUGCAAUAGCUUAUACUUUUGAAGAUUCUUACCAAUGUCAUCAAAAAAUGGCAUAUGAGCCAUUUAGAUGGCCUAAAGACCCUGAAAUUUCUAAGUGUGAUAUUUGUGAUAACUGUAAAAGAUACAUCGAUAAUAAGAUUAUUUGGUGUGAUAUUAGUGAAGACUUACUUCAGAUUUUAGAUACGGUGGAUAAGCUAGUAAAUUUCACAAAUGAUCUGACAACACCAUUAGUAAAUUUUGGGCAUGAUGAUAUUGUAGACAUUUUUACAAGAGCCAAAAACAAAAAUGCUAAAGAAAAAAACUUAACUUCUUUAUGGGAAAAUGAUAGUGACAAAUAG